UCUGGUAGGAAAUUUAUCACCAUCUCUGGUGCUCUUCAUAUCAGCGAUCCCAAAGAAGAUGAAGACAAUGACAAGAAGAAGGGAACGUCUGAAUAUGACCGGCUGUGUAGGAUCAAGCCGCUGUACCAGAACAUUCGAGAGGCCUGCAAGUCCUAUUUUCAUCCCUUUCAGAACAUCUCCGUUGAUGAAAGAAUGGCGGCAACAAAGGCAAGAAAUAGCCUUAAGCAAUAUAUGGGGCUACAAACUAUUUGUACUGGCAGAUUCCCUCUGUGGCUACACGUGGGACUUCUUCAUUUACGAGGGAAACUCAAAGAGUAGAGCAAAGGUAUUAGCUAUGAUUCCGUCAUGACACUGGUAAAUGAAAAGUUGUUGGGCACUGGCUACAAGCUGUUUGUGGACAACUCCUACACCAGUCCUACACUCUUCAGGGACCUCCUCAGUAAGAAGAUCUGGGCUUGUGGCACAGUUCGUGCAAACAGGAUAGGCCACUCAAUAAAGCCAGCUCCUCACGGCAAUAUACGUUGGUUUCGGGACGACAACCUCCUGUUUGUGGAGUGGAAGGACAAGAGGGACGUGCUGAUGUGCGCCACCUUUCACAAAGCCUAUAAUGGUGACACAGUGAAGAGGAAGGUGAUGGGAGAAGAUGGCGUUUGGACCGUUGAGGACUUCCCUGUUCCAGCUCCAGUACUGGAUUACAAUAAGCACAUGGGGGGAGUGGAUCUGUCUGAUGCACUUAUUGGAUAUUACACAGUUCUACACAAAACAAAAAAGUGGUAUCGAUCCUUUAUUUACCAUUUUGUGGACAUCGCUAUCGUAAAUGCCUUUAUUUUGCACAAGCACAUGGCCAAAGUGAAGAAACAGAAGCCUUUGACCCAGUAGUAGUUCCGGGAGGCACUUGUUUCGAGCUUGCAGGAACGGGGCUUUCUCAUACCUCUGCACGAGUUCCUAAGCAAUCUCUUUCUCAGAAUUUCCACCUACCCAAGUACAUCAGUGGGGACAGCACUUUUGGAAGGAAGAAAUGCAAGGCGUGCCGUAAAAACACUCCAAUGGUGUGUGUGACUUGUAAUGUGAGUUUGUGCUUUGUUGCCAAGCGUGUAUGUUUUAAGAACUGGCAUGA